AUGUGUAAGCGCGUCUACACCCUCUUCGUGGCCUGCGGCUGCAUCCUGCAGACCGCCGAUGCUCUGCACAGCUGCGAGUUCGGCGCCGCUCAUCCCGGCUGCCGGUCCGUCACGAACAAGCUGCUCUUCGCCGCCGUCAACGACAGCGACCCCUACUCCGGCAUGUGCCCGUACCACAAGGGCCAGGCCCGUCAGGACCGUCGCCGCCGCCGCCGCGCCGACCACGGCAGCGAUGGCUCUGCUUCGUCGUCUGCUACCAGCACCCCGCCGACCGAUGACACCACCCAGCCUGGCGAACUUGAGCGCAGCGACUCGGGCAUCGGCGCCACAGAAUACGACGGCAUGGCUAUAUCCUGGCAAUGCACUCCUGUCCUCGUUACCUCCGCUGGCAACAAGGACGAGAGGCCCGUUCUCUGUGCCCUUCCUCCUCAGCCCGAGGAGCAGGAGAUGCGCGCCCGUGGCUCGCAGCAGCAGCAGCAGCACCGCCACCUGAACGAGAACGUCGUGCCCAUCCCCGUCGUCUUCGGCGCUGCCAGCACUUAUCUCGCGAACGACGACCUCGGUGACCAAGACAGCAUCAUCGACCUGGACCAGGAGCGCGGAAUUCCCGACGGCGAGGGCCGCCUCCAGCGCCAGCCUCUCCGGGAGCUGUCCUACACCCCAGUCGCCGAGGGCGGCGAACGCGAGGCUGCCCGACCCGCGGACGAGAAUCGCGCCGGUGAGGAGCGAGCCACUCCUGGCGCGCAGAUCAACAACGAGAACGUCGAGCCCCAGCUCGGCAGUGCUCUCGAGCCCGCUCAGGAAGAGGAACUGGCGUGGGCGGGUUGGGCACCGUACGCCAUCUUCCACGAGCCGAUUGCCCUUCAGUAG